AUGGCUAGUCGUUAUGAACGGUUCGAUCAUGAAUCGGAGAAUAAACCAAUUAAGUUUUCCACGAUUAAUAAUGAUAAUGUAUCAACGCUAAGUCCAACAAGUGAAACUGAAAAGCACAAUCCUGUUUUAACAAAACAAAAUCCAACAUAUAAUGAUGAUGAUUUAGCAUUAUAUGAUGAUAAAACAACGAGACAUGCUCUCAUUACGUUAAACAUCAUUUCUAUUGUUGUAUCGUCUGUUUGUGGUAUCAUUACCUUUUUUCUCGCUAUUGAAGAGCAAUCGGCAUCAGCACUCGGUUUUGCUGUUGAUACAAUUCUUGAUGUUCUAUCAUUUGCCGCUAUCAUAUGGCGUUUUAUUAGUUCAGUUAAUAAUUUAAAACGGGAAAUUUAUGCACUACGUAUGAUGUCAAUAUUAUUUUUCGUUUCCGGUUUGGGUGUAUUUCUUGACUCUGUUUUGGAUAUUCGCCAUAAAAUUAAACCAGUACCAAAUCGAUAUUUGGUGAUAGCCGCGGCUAUUCAGACCAUUGUUUUUGCAGUACUGGCAUUCGCCAAAGCAAUCGUUGCCAAAAAAUUAAAUGUUAUUUCAGCUUAUUCUGAUGCAUUCAACACAGGUAUCUCAUCUCUAAUGGCUUUAUCUGUCGCAAUCAGUGUAACUGUCUACAAUCUUAAUCCUACCGUUUGGUAUUUGGAUCCAAUGGUGGGUUUAACGAUUUCAGUAGUUAUCAUGGCCUAUGGUAUAUGGAUGCUGAAAAAAUCAUUUCAACAAUAA